AUGCAGGCCCCGGUGGUGGUGAUGAACACCAAUGCCGGUGACCGACAGGUCGGUCGCCGAGCGCAGCUGUCCAAUAUCACUGCGGCGAAGACGGUUUCUGAUAUCAUCCGUUCAUGUCUCGGUCCCAAGGCCAUGUUGAAGAUGCUGCUCGACCCGAUGGGCGGUAUUGUGUUGACCAAUGACGGCCACGCUAUUCUGCGAGAGAUCGAGGUGUCGCAUCCCGCAGCCAAGAGCAUGAUCGAGCUCAGUCGUACGCAGGACGAGGAAGUGGGAGACGGAACCACCACCGUCAUCAUUUUGGCCGGUGAAAUGCUGGCUCAGGCCCUUCCCCAGCUCGAACGCAACAUCCACCCCGUCGUGAUCAUCUCGGCUUUCAAGCGUGCCCUCGCCGACGCUCUUCAGAUUGUUGAAGAGGUUUCGGUACCCGUCGACAUCCACGAUGACAAGGCCAUGUACACCCUCAUCGAGUCCUCCAUCGGCACCAAAUUCGUCUCGCGCUGGUCAGAACUCAUGUGCAGUUUGGCAUUGAGGGCGGUGCGAACAGUUUCCUUCGAAGCAGGUGGUGGAAAGCAGGAGGUCGAUAUCAAGCGCUACGCUCGUGUUGAGAAGAUUCCUGGUGGUCAGAUUGAGGAUUCUGAGGUUAUCGACGGUGUGAUGGUCAACAAGGACAUUACGCACCCCAAGAUGCGGAGGCGCAUUGAGAACCCGCGGAUUCUUCUGCUGGACUGCCCACUUGAGUACAAGAAGGGCGAGUCCCAGACGAACAUCGAGGUCUCCAAGGAGGACGACUGGAACCGAAUUUUGGAGAUCGAGGAGGAGCAGGUGAAGCACAUGUGCGAGGCCAUUCUGGCCUUGAAGCCGGAUGUCGUUAUCACCGAGAAGGGUGUUUCGGACCUUGCACAGCACUUCUUGAUGAAGGCCAACAUCACAGCUCUCCGCCGGGUGAAGAAGACGGACAACAACCGUAUUGCGCGGGCGACCGGUGCUACUAUCGUCAACCGUGUUGAUGACAUCCAGGACUCGGACAUUGGUACCCGGUGCGGACUCUUCGAGAUCGAGAAGAUUGGUGACGAAUACUUCACGUUCAUGCGCAAGUGCACGACCCCGAAGGCCUGCACGAUCCUGCUGCGCGGCCCGUCGAAGGAUAUCCUGAACGAGAUCGAGCGGAACCUGCAGGACGCCAUGUCCGUCGCCCGCAAUGUCAUCUUCCACCCUCGUCUGUCGCCUGGCGGUGGUGCCGUUGAGAUGGCCGUGUCCGUGAAGCUGAGCCAGCUGGCUCGUUCGAUUGAGGGCGUCCAGCAAUGGCCGUACAAGGCCGUUGCCGACGCCAUGGAAGUCAUUCCCCGCACGCUGGCCCAGAACGCCGGUGCCAGCCCCAUCCGCGUCCUGACUCGCUUGCGCGCCAAGCACGUCGAGGGCCACACCUCCUGGGGUCUGGACGGUGACUCUGGCAACCUGGUCGAUAUGAAGGAGUAUGGUGUCUGGGAGCCGGAAGCCGUGAAGCUCCAGAGUAUCAAGACGGCCGUCGAGUCCGCGUGCCUGCUCCUCCGUGUCGAUGACAUCUGCAGCGGCAAGUCCGCACAACAGGCCGGCCACGCCGGCGGUGGCGAGGAAUGA